AUGACCCAUGGCAUGACCUUUGGCAUGACCCAUGGCAUGACCUAUGGCAUGACCCAUGGCAUGACCUUUGGCAUGACCUAUGGCAUGACCUAUGGCAUGACCUAUGGCAUGACCUAUGGCAUGACCUAUGGGCUUGACCUAUGGCUGCUGUCUACCUUGCUGGCUGGACCUAAAGACUUGACCUAUGGUUCCUGGACCUAUGGACUGACCUAUGGCGGACCUAUGGGGCUUUACUAUGGCCUGGACCUAUGGCUAGGACCUCUGGCCCUUGGACCUCAUGUGGCUGAACCUAUGUGCUGUACCUAUGGGGCUGGACCUAUGGCUCUUGACCUAGGCCUGUGA